AUGCGGAAACAUGAAGAGCAUCCUUUCGAGGACAGCCACAAGCUCGAACAACUGUGCAAGAAGUUUGACCACUCCCUGUUUGCCUUCGGAUCCUCCUCCAAGAAGAGGCCUGCGCGGCUAAUCCUUGGGAGGCUCUUCGACGGCCACCUCCUCGAUAUGCAGGAGUUCGGUGUGGAGGACUACAAAUCCAUGUCGCACCGGUCUUGGAAGCCCUUGUGA